GAGAGAAGUAAUAGCGAGCGGCUAAUAUUCAGUAACCGGGUAAAGUCAACAGUUUCAUUUGAAUAGGGGACAAUUGACGGCAUGAUUAACUGUUUGAAAGAAAUGCAAGAUUAUGUCCCCAAGAAACCAGAUGGCAACUUUCUUCCUAUUGUUACUUGGGGAGAUGGUAUCCUAUUUAUUGUGUAACUUCAUUUGGAAUGCUUACCCAGUAAUAGUCAUAUUUAUUUUCCCAAGGUCUCACCGCAAUAAAUCAGAAAGCAUCCCAGGACCACAGGUGCCAUUCACUUACUGAAGAGGACAAAGUGAGGAGCAUGUUCGGUAUUCAUAGUUACUGGCAUGAGAGAGCAAUAGUCGGGACCGAAAUUAUGAAAAGCCUCUUAUCGAACCAAAGAGUGUGGGAGACCAAAGGCAGCCUUAACGAUUUAAAAUUGAAGUUAGCCAGAAAACAGUUGCAUACCAAGGGGUUGGCCUACAUGAUAAAUGAAUGAUACUUUCAGAUACAAGCAUAAACUGGUCUCGCAGGAUGUUAUUCAUCAAUUCAAUCCUUGUAUGCGAUUCUUGCGAUUUGCACUUCGGAGCUAUGUUGUAGCAUAUGCAAGGCUGAGACUGACAACUAUUAAUAUUUCUGGGUUAUCAAAAGCUCAGCUCAAUCAACUCAUGAGCAAAAUAGGCAUGGAUCUGAUGGAAAUGGAAUUUGCGGACAUUCUUAGGCCAUGUAAACAGAAACAAUAUUGUUUCUGCCUCAAACCAUAUGACGCCAAAGAUAAAACAACGGAAUGGAUUUGUUGCGAUAACUAUGACUGUAGUGAAAACCAGUGGUAUCACCAAGCCUGUAUAAAGAAGUAUACAGCCAAACGAGGAAAUAUGAAAUGGAAAAAAAUUACCAAAGAUAGUUUCACUGGUAAAUGGUACUGCACAGAGAAAUGCAUGAAAGACGACGCAGAUCAAGUAUUCAAAUACACGAAAACUCUUCUUUAUUCCAUUCUAAACUUAGAGUGUUUCAGGUCCGCCAUUAACUUUAAUCACGGUGACAAUAUAAUGAUCUUCCGCAAAUUACAUCUCAUAACAUAUCAAGGAAAGUCACACAAGAACUAUCUAAAUUUAACACACUAUUAUCUGAGUUUACUGCAUGGGUUUGCACCUGAACAUGUAGCUCAUGCCAUGAAAUGGAAUUCAACUUGCAAUACUAAUGGUGGACAGAACAAAAAUAACCCACAUGAUAUAGUGACGGAAUUUGUAGUGGGCGACACGAAGGAAGCCUUCUCUCAUUCAAGUGGGAAACUCACGGAAAAGAUGAUAAGAAUUCGAGGAUCCUCAGGAGGAAACCUUGCAGAAAUUGAAAAGCGCGCUGCAAAAGAGCUUAUGGGAGAAGAGUUCACCCCAGUUGUUGGGAAAGCUCACAGGUUUUUGCUGGAAGUAACAGACUGCUCACAAUAUUUAGUUUCAGAGUGCGAAAAUUUAUUUGUUAAGCACACAAAUCUUUCCAAAAUUAGAGUGCAUUCCGGGUUUGAAAAUUUCAAUAACGAUUUCAUGUAUAUCGGGAAUUACUUUGAAUAUGAAAAGGCUAUGAAAAACUUAUCCAAAAACCUGUCAAAAAUAUCGCGUAUACAAAAUAGAAAAUAUGCCAUCGACAUGAACGUUGGAGUUAACGUGUUGGAGCAAGAUAACUUCUCAAGUUAUACUAGUAUAGCCUAAGUUUUUCCACACAAUUGUUACAAAUAAUAUGAUUUUAAAAAUUUACGUUGGCAGAAGUAUAACACCAUUACAUACUAUUAUUAAUUAAUAAUACUUAUACCCUGAUUGAAAAAGUUAUGCACUAUGCGGGUAGAGCCGACAUUUAUUUUUUAUAGAACAUUUUAUUUCUCCUCACCAGAGCAAUAAAACUAUUUUUAAACAAGACAGUGUUUGCCAAAAAAAGAUUCACCAUCAAUCCGAAAAACUAUAAUUUUUCAGAGUUUUACGAAAUUUCGAUAAAAAUGUAAUUAUUUCAACCACACCCACACCCUGAAAUCGAAAUAACCAAAACCCAGAUUGAAUUUCUACCUUGCGGGU